GUGAAAGGUGCGGAAAACAAUCUGCGGCGGCGUCUUCUCUCUCCCAAAGGUCGAGUGUGUCGUCAUGGCGUGCGGCCGCGGCGGCGGCGAUUGGUCAGCGUAGGUGGAAGUGCUACAAACGGUGUCAUUCACAAAGUAACAAGAAUACUUUACAAUCGUGAUAAAGAAUGCAACUAACUUUAAAACACAGCUGACUUCCCAUUUUCCGUCGAUUUUUCACACGGACUAUUGUGAAAGCAAUCUGAGGAAGUAUUUGACCUUUUCUUCAGUGAUUUUUCGUAAGAUCACACUGCGAGACUUUGUUAAAGAUAUAUGGUUUCAAAAAUGUCCUCUAAAAUGGCCGGCUCAAACAACCUGAUCAAUGCUAGGAGGACGGUACAGCAACUGAGAGUUGAGGCCAGUAUUGAGAGGAUAAAGGUAUCCAAGGCCUCGGCGGACCUCAUGCGCUACUGCGGAGAACAUGCCAAAUACGACCCCCUGCUCAUGGGCAUCCCUGCCUCAGAAAACCCUUUUAAGGAAAAAAAGCCUUGCACUAUAUUGUAGUGCAUGUACAUGUGCUAUAUGUGUCUUAUUUAAUUUCUUCUACUCAACUGUACCUUAAGUUCAAUUCUAGCUCUUUAGCAUAACUUUGUGCCAUGAUUUAACUAUAUCGAGCUCUUACAGUAUGUUUAUUACUGUAUUGAACAUCAUUCAGUACUAAUUAAUUGCCAUUUUUCUGAUUAUUAGCAUUGCUAUUGGAUCUUGUUUUUCUCGCCAUCCCUUGCAUUUUGUUGGUUUUGUGGGCCUAACUAACGUCAUUCCAGGAAACAUUCCCAUAAUUCAAGAUCAUUUUGUUUGAACAGUGUUGAGGUCUUUCAACCAAACAGUGCCAGUAGUUACGUUUGUAGAUGCGACUACACUGACUAAAUGCCUCUUAUCAACUAGGAAGUAGAUGUGAGUAAUACAUUUUUGUAGUAGCACAAAUUGCCUUCAUAGCAAAGAGACUGACAUAUAUGAAUUGUCAAAAACAUUUAAGUGCAUGCUGGGCAAAUAAAGCAAUAUAGAAAGUGAUAUAACGCAUGUACUGAUUUGUUCUUAAAGAAUGCAGUAGCACUGUGUAAAAGCAUCGCAGAAGAGUUAUUGUGAUGGUUAUAUUGCUUUAUGGGGAAAUAUAUGAUUCAUUUGAUUCAACCGAUUCCAUUACUGUACUCUGCACUUUUAACCUGUGUGCCUUUGGUCAGAGUUUUUUUUAUCUGUUGCCCCCAAGGUUGUUUAUUCUGUUUUUCUUUUUCAUCUUUGCAAUGCCUUUUAUUAGUUUUCCCUUAUCAAGGCACAUUUUCAGAAACGAAGACCACUGCUGUUUGAUGCCACUAUUGCUUGUGAAUUUCAUGCAUGUCUUAAAUAUAGAAGGGUCAUGAAACACAUGUUUAACAUUCAAACCUCAAAGGAACUUGGAAAACAUAUAUAUAUGUAUAUGUAGCGACAUCUGCGUUUUGGAGACAUCAGAGAAGUUAUGCAGUAUUUGUGAUCCUGACCUCAGUAUAUUUGUGAAGAAACAUUUUUUUCUUUUUGGUCGUUUUCUUUUCUAAUUUCUGUACCUUCUUAACACAUGUACAUACUAUAUGUACUGUACCUUGAAAGAUUUUAGUAAAAUUGUGAAAUGGUAAAACUUCAAUACAUGUUGCAUGUGGGUG